GGACAAACCCCUCUCUCUCUCUCUCUCUCUCUCUCUCUUUAUAUCUCUGUCCCAGACACUUCCCCCUCUCUGAACCUUGCGUUUGAAAUUUGAAUACAGGGCCACAGAGAGAGACAGGGAGAGAGGGUGGGGAGAGGAAAAAACGAGAAGCGAAGCAAAUCGGUGCCGUACGCAACUCUUGUUAUUUUCUAUGUAUCUAUGGACACAAAAAACCGCAGCUGAAGGCCCUGUAUUAGGCAUCCUCCGCCAGCCUGCAAAGUGAACCGGCGAUUUUCACCGAACGCGGCGCCCGGCGCCGGUGGGGAACCCGGGCAUUCUAUCCUCUUGGUUUUCGGCGGUAAAUCUCUCUCUUUUCCUCCGAUUUCUCGUUCGAGUCUGGCGUUGGCGAUGGAUGAUGAUCUUGUGUGUAACGGUUGAUUGAUGUAAAAGCGACGGUCCCUGAUUUGGUCUUGUGGGUAUUCGAUUGAUUUGGAUAAGUUGAUGAUGAUGAUGAUCUUGAAAUGUUUAUAUACAUAUAUGCGUUUGCAUGUGAAUAGAAGAUAAGAUCUGAAAGAUGGGCCGAUUCAAAGUCUCGGUGGGUUUCUCCAGUUUAUUAAUCGUACAGGAGAUGAAAGUUUAUUAUUAAUCCAAGGAGGUCUCAAUCUUAGCUUUAAUCCUUAUUGGGGUAUAACAGGAUCCAUCAUUAUCCACAAAUGGAUUGAAGAAUCAUCAAUUGGAUGCAAUGUUAAAGACAUUAGCAUCUGGAAUUUUGGUUUCGUCGAUACUCUUCUCCAUUUCCGCUGCUGAUAAUGGAUUCCCCCGGUGUGAUUGCAACGAGGAGGGGUUUUGGAGCACUGAAAACAUUCUGGUUUGCCAAAAAGUGGGCGACUUCUUGAUUGCCGUUGCCUAUUUCUCGAUCCCAAUCGAGCUUCUCUACUUCGUUAGCUGCUCGAACGUUCCAUUCAAAUGGGUGCUCUUCCAAUUCAUCGCUUUCAUUGUGCUAUGUGGCAUGACACAUUUGCUCAAUGGCUGGACUUAUGGCCCGCACCCGUUUCAGUUAAUGGUAGCCCUCACUGUUUUCAAGUUCCUCACUGCUCUUGUGUCGAUUGCCACCGCCAUCACGCUCAUCACGCUCAUCCCUUUACUUCUCAAAGUGAAGGUCAGAGAGUUCAUGCUGAAGAAGAAAACAUGGGAUCUUGGCCGGGAGGUUGGGAUCAUAAGGAGGCAGAAGGAAGCCGGGUGGCAUGUUCGGAUGCUCACUCAAGAGAUCCGGAAGUUUAUUGACCGGCCUAUGAUUUUGUACACCACUAUGGUUGAGCUAUCUAAGACACUGGAUUUGCAGAAUUGUGCUGUUUGGAUGCCUAAUGAGAUCAGAACAGAGAUGAACCUGACACACGAGUUGAAAGGAAGGAAUUUGCCGAACUCUUACAAUACAUCAAUCCCAAUUACUGAUCCGUGUGUUCAAGAGAUCAAAGGGACUGACGGAGUAAAGAUACUCGAGCCUGACUCGGCGCUUGCUGCUGCGAGCAGUGACGGGCCUGCUGAACCUGGACCCGUGGCUGCCAUUAGGAUGCCAAUGCUGAGGGUUUCAAACUUCAAAGGCGGGACUCCUGAGAUGAUUCCGACUUGUCACGCCAUACUAGUUUUGGUUCUUCCGGGCGGGCAUGGUAGAUUUUGGAGCAAUCAGGAACUUGAAAUAGUAAAAGUCGUUGCAGAUCAGGUUGCGGUGGCUAUUUCUCACGCCACAGUGCUUGAAGAAUCACGGCUUAUGAUGGACCAACUGGUGGAGCAAAAUAGAGCGUUGCAGCAGGCAAAGCAGGACGCAAUGAUGGCAAGCCAGGCCCGAAACUCGUUCCAAAAGGUAAUGAGCGAUGGAAUGAGGAGACCGAUGCACUCGAUUUUGGGUUUGCUUUCAUUGGUGCAAGGUGAGAACUUGAGUGGCGAGCAACAGAUCCUCGUCGAUGCCAUGUGUAAGACCAGCAACGUGCUCUCGACCCUGAUAAAUGAUGUAAUGGACAUGCCAGCCGCCAAGGAUAGCGGAAGGUUCCUGUUGGAGAUGAGGACCUUCCGGCUGCAUUCUCUGAUAAGGGAAGCCGCCUGCGUUGCCAAGUGCUUGUGUGCUUAUAGGGGCUGCAGUUUUGUAGCUGAGAUUCAGAAGUCUUUACCCGACCACGUUAUGGGAGAUGAGAGAAGGGUUUUCCAAGUUAUUUUGCAUAUGGUCCGGAACCUGUUGCAUGGAAGCGCUGGAGGUGGAUCUGUAACGUUUCGGGUUCACUCAGAGAGUGGAAGUCAGGGAGGGAACGUUCAACAAUGGGCGGCCUGGAGAACAAGCUCGUCAUCUUCCGAUGGCCAUGUUGAUGUGAAGUUUGAAAUUGGGAUUAACAACAGCAAUUCUCAAUUGGAGCACCCAAUGCCCGGAGUGCAGUUUGUUCGCCGGAAGAACAGCCACAGCAAGGAGGGAGUUGAGGAAGCCUUGAGCUUCAGCGUUUGCAAAAAGCUUGUACAGUUGAUGAGAGGCAACAUUUGGGUUGUCCCAAAACCAGACGGCUUUGAUCAAAGCAUGGCACUCGUUCUGCGGUUCCAACUCUCGCCAUCCAUCGUGAUAGGCAUCUCCGAGGUCGGAGACUCCGCCUCCGCCGAGUAUCCCCACUCGAAUUCGCUUUUCAAGGGCCUUCGGGUUCUGUUAGCCGAUGAAGAUGACGUGAACAGGGCCGUGACACGAAAGCUGCUUCAGAAGCUCGGAUGCGCAGUUUCCACGGUUGCAUCCGGGCACGAAUGCCUCAGCGCCCUUGCUCCGGCCUGCACUUCCUUCCAGGUUGUGCUUCUCGACCUCAGCUUGCCCGGCCUGGACGGGUUCGAAGUUUCCAUGAGAAUCCGCAAGUUUCGGAGCCACAGCUGGCCGCUGCUCAUCGCCUUGACAGCGAGCAGCGACGUUGAUGUGUGGGAGAGAUGCAUUCAGAUUGGGAUGAACGGAGUCAUCAGGAAGCCGGCAAUGUUACAGGGAAUAGCAGAUGAGCUGAGGAAAGUCCUGCUUCAGGCCAACAAAGUCAUGUGAUGAUCCAAACAUUCAUUAAUUAAUACAGUCCCAAACGGUAUACAGAUUUAGCGA